AUGCUUCCUCGUAUUUCAAUUUCGUCUAGUCAGUCCUUUUGUUGCCGGCAAAUUUCAGAAGCGCUCACGGGCCAAGCCCUAGAGUUCGUAUCGUGGGGACAGGGUGUCUCCAGGCACAUUACCAAUUGCCACGCUUUGGCCGGAUUCAUUGAUCUCGCGUUGCUGUCGGAACAAAGGCACGUUGAAAUACGAAGUCGAAUUCCAUCGUCUAGCUCGCUGAGCAGCUGGCAGAUGGGUCUUGGUGACGGGCUAGCUGGCAGCAGAAGGGCAGUGCUGGCAUAUCAGUAA